GCGGGGCUGCCGGGGCCGGCCCCGGCCCCUAUAUCAGCCCUGCCCCCGGCAGCGCCGGCACAGUGACAGCGACAGCCCCUGCCCCUGCCCAGCCAUGGAUGACAUCUACAAGGCAGCGGUUGAGCAGCUGACAGAAGAGCAAAAAAAUGAGUUCAAGGCUGCCUUUGACAUCUUCGUGCUGGGGGCAGAGGAUGGCUGCAUCAGCACCAAGGAGCUGGGGAAGGUGAUGAGGAUGCUGGGGCAGAACCCCACUCCUGAGGAGCUGCAGGAGAUGAUAGAUGAGGUGGAUGAAGAUGGCAGCGGCACCGUGGACUUCGAUGAGUUCCUGGUGAUGAUGGUGCGGUGUAUGAAAGAUGACAGCAAAGGCAAAACCGAGGAGGAGCUCUCAGACCUCUUCAGGAUGUUUGAUAAAAACGCUGAUGGCUACAUCGACCUCGAGGAGCUGAAGAUCAUGCUGCAGGCAACAGGAGAGACCAUCACCGAGGAUGACAUAGAGGAACUGAUGAAAGAUGGGGAUAAAAACAACGAUGGCAGGAUUGACUAUGAUGAGUUCCUGGAGUUUAUGAAGGGGGUUGAAUAAAUCUGAGGCCAGAUGGACAGCUUGAAUCUCCUAAACCCUCCAGCUCUGCAUCUCAUCUCCUUGACUCAGUCCCCUGGCUACCAGCAUGAAGACUGAGUGCUGAGAAGGGUGGCCAGGGGGAAAUAAAACCUGUUAAUACCCAGUG